AUGUUCCAUGCACAUCCCGAAGAUCAUCUGCAUCUUCGGAUGCACCGAGCAAGAUCCAUAGUGCUCACUUCUGACGAACUCGUGGAGAUCCGGGCCGCCCAACGCACGUUUGAAGGCGCGUACAUGCGCACGGCGCUGUCCCAGUUCAGCUUUGCCCUCAUCAUCCUCAAAAUCUUCACGUCCGAGUUCUACGCCAUUGGCGCGCUCUUUUCGCUGUACGGUGCGGGCAUCAUGCUCGUGGCCAUAUACCGCCGCUAUCAGGGCAACCAGCAGUUCUUCACCAUGACCGACGACGUCACCGGUCAGGUCCAGAAAAAGUUCCGCACCAGCGGCAACAGCGUCCUCAUGCUGACCGCCAUUAGCCUCUGCGCAUACGUGGCUCUGCUGGUGCUCACAUGGCGGUUGGAGGCAUAG